ACCCCAAUUGGUGCGGGUUAGGGGCAAAAAGACUCGAUAGAGAGCGAGAAGGGUUAUCAAGUUGAGAGGCUGCAUCUAGAGAGAGAGAAAGAAAUCUAGAGAGAGAGAGGCGAGCCCAACAUAACGAGCGGGGAGAGGCGGACAAAGGGAUAGAGAGGGAGGGAAACGGGCACAGUUUUAAUUCGAACUUGAAGCUGUUAAUCCUUUUAAGGAGGAGCCGUUGUUUCUCUCUUAAAGCCAUGGCUCAAAUAGACCACCAUCACCACCAUGAUCACGCCCACGAGGUCAAGACCUUGGUCUCUGCUCUCAAUCUCAUCUCGAGAAACCUCCCUCUUCCCUCCGAACUUUUAGAUGGGGUGAAUUCCAUCUACCAUGGCGGCGAUGACAUGGACUGUGUUUCUCUCUCAUCCGAACAGGAUGAGAAUGAGGGUUUAAAGAGAGGCUAUUUACUAAGAAGCAUGGCUGAUGCAUUGGUAACGCAACGGCCAAGUUUUAUGUCUGGGACGGCAAUGAUGAAUGCAAAGGAAAGCCGAUUCGAAAGCCAUAUACAGCAUCGGGUAGAUGAACUUGAAGAGCUACCUUCAAGUAGGGGAGAGGACUUGCAAAUGAAGUGCUUGCUUGAGUUAUAUGGACUGAAGCUAAAGGACUUACAGAAAAAAGUGCGUUCUGAUGUGUGUUCUGAGUACCGGCUUCGAGAGAAAUGUACAUAUCCGGACAAACAAUUGUUUGAUUGGGGAUUGAUGCGCUUGCAACGUGCUCAUCCUUUUUUUGGCAUCGGGGAUGCAUCUGCCGUGGAAGCUGAUGACCGCCAACGCAAGAGACGGGAUGCAGAGAGGCAAGCAAGAUUGGAAGAGGAGGAAAAGAACCGCGUUGACACAAGAAAGCGGAAAUUUUUCAAUGAGUUACUUAAUGCAGCACGUGAGUUUCAAUUGCAAGCACAAGCUGCUCUGAAACGUCGAAAACAGAGGAAUGAUGGAGUCCAGGCAUGGCAUGCAAGGCAAAGGCAACGCACCACAAGAGCUGAAAAACUGAGAUUUCAAGUCCUGAAAGCUGACGAUCAAGAAGCAUACAUGAAGAUGGUCGAAGAGAGCAAAAAUGAACGUCUAACAAUGCUGCUUGGGAAGACCAAUGAGCUUCUUGUUCGACUUGGGGCUGCUGUUCAAAGACAAAAGGAUGCUGAACAUGCGGAUGACAUUGAAACUUUGAAGGACUCGGAGGCUGAUGACCCAUUGGAAUCUUCUGUCUCUAAGAAUGGAACCCCUGGAGAUAUGGAUGCAGAGGAUGAUGACAACACACUUGAUGAUGAUUCAGAACACCAAGUCAAGUCAAAUGAUUUGCUUGAAGGCCAGCGCCAGUACAAUUCUGCUGUCCACUCAAUUCAGGAGAAGGUGACAGAACAACCUUCAACGCUUCAAGGUGGAGAACUGAGGUUUUACCAAUUGGAAGGUCUUCAAUGGAUGCUUUCUUUGUUCAACAACAAUCUAAAUGGUAUUUUAGCUGAUGAAAUGGGACUGGGGAAGACAAUUCAAACAAUAGCUUUGAUUGCGUAUUUGAUGGAGAACAAGGGUGUUACUGGGCCCCACUUGAUUGUUGCUCCCAAAGCCGUCCUGCCUAAUUGGGUUAAUGAAUUCUCCACCUGGGCUCCUGGUAUCGUUGCUGUCCUAUACGAUGGGCGCUCGGAGGAAAGGAAGGUGAUGCGCGAAGAUUAUUCUGGGGAGGGAAAAUUUAAUGUUAUGAUCACACAUUACGAUCUUAUAAUGCGUGACAAAGCGUAUCUGAAAAAAAUUCACUGGCAUUACAUGAUUGUUGAUGAAGGGCACCGCUUGAAGAACCACGAGUGUGCUCUUGCACGUACAUUCACUGGCUAUCGGAUUCGACGUAGACUUCUUUUAACUGGUACUCCAAUACAAAACAGCUUGCAAGAGUUGUGGUCCCUUCUCAAUUUUCUGCUUCCGAGCAUUUUCAAUUCGGUGCAGAAUUUUGAGGAAUGGUUUAAUGCACCAUUCGCAGACCGCUGUGACAUUUCUCUCACAGAUGAAGAAGAACUAUUGAUCAUUCGUCGGUUACAUCAUGUCAUAAGGCCAUUUAUACUGAGACGGAAGAAGGAUGAAGUGGAGAAGUUCUUGCCCGUAAAAACACAAGUCAUACUGAAAUGUGACAUGUCGGCUUGGCAGAAAGUUUACUAUCAACAGGUCACCGAUGUUGGGAGGGUUGGACUGGAUUCUGGUACAGGAAAGUCCAAGAGCCUCCAGAACCUGUCAAUGCAACUCAGGAAAUGCUGCAACCACCCUUACCUAUUUGUUGCAGAGUAUAACAUGUACCGGAAAGAGGAGAUUGUGAGGGCUUCCGGGAAAUUCGAGCUUCUUGAUCGCUUGCUCCCAAAGUUGCAGAAAACAGGGCAUAGGGUGCUGCUCUUCUCUCAAAUGACUCGACUCAUGGAUAUCCUUGAAGUCUACUUAAGUUUACAUGGAUUCACUUACCUUAGAUUAGAUGGAGCGACAAAGACAGAAGAUAGAGGAGCGAUGCUCAAGAAGUUUAAUGCACCCAACUCUCCCUAUUUCAUGUUUCUUCUGAGCACUCGAGCUGGAGGGCUUGGGCUCAAUUUGCAAACAGCCGACACUGUUAUUUUAUUUGACAGUGAUUGGAACCCACAAAUGGAUCAACAGGCAGAGGACCGUGCUCAUAGAAUAGGGCAGAAGAAGGAGGUGAGAGUGUUUGUUUUGGUAAGUGUUGGGUCCAUUGAGGAGGAGAUCUUGGAGCGAGCAAAACAGAAGAUGGGUAUUGAUGCCAAGGUCAUUCAGGCAGGGUUGUUUAAUACGACAUCCACAGCUCAGGAUAGGAAAGAGAUGCUUCAAGAGAUAAUGCGAAGGGGCACCAACUCUCUAGGCACUGAUGUUCCUAGUGAGAGAGAGAUCAACCACCUAGCUGCUCGAACUGAUGAGGAGUUUUGGCUCUUUGAAAAGAUGGAUGAAGAGAGAAGGCAGAGAGAGAAUUACAGGUCAAGGUUAAUGGAAGAUCAUGAAGUGCCUGAAUGGGCCUUCUCAGUUGCCAAGGUAGAGAAAACUGAGGCCGAAGCUGAAAAUAACCAUGUUACGGGAAAGAGAAAACGUAAAGAGGUUGUUUAUGUCGAUUCUCUUAGUGAUUUGCAGUGGAUGAAGACAGUUGAAGGGGGAGCAGACCCCUCUCAAUUUACUAAGAAAAUCAAGAGAAACGACCAAACCCCAAAUGGGUCUGUGCUACUAGAGAGAGAAAAGAAUAGUCCCUCUAUGGUUUUAAGCACUCCUGUGGUUUUAAGCACAGAAGAAGGGAAUGCAUCAGAUUUAAUGGCCGGAAGUGAAGAUAUAGUGAAUGAGGUGGUCAAUUCUGAUUUUAAGAUCCCGGAAAAGCUUAAAUUUAAUAAGGCCAAAACUGAUGAAGAUGAUAGAGAAAAUGGUGUUGUUAACAGUGGCUGGACUGGGGAGAUUCUCACAUGGAGCAGCCACAGGAGGAAGAGGUCAAGUCAUGGCCACCCGAUUGGUAAUGGGAGAGGGGGUUGAUGGGAUCUUGAGUCUCUUUUACUGAGGAGAUGGUGUCAAUCCCAUGGUGAGACAUGUAAACAGUGAAUCAUUGGCGAAGCUUGCUCUGUAGGGAUAUCAAGUUUUUUACAGACAGAAGUGCUAGAGCUUCAGUGCAUGGCAGAGUUUGUUAAGUAACAGAAGUCCGGGGGCCAUUAUGGUCACAGUCUGAAUCUGAGAGAAAAAGAGUUGUUGGGAAAUGUAAGUUGAUUCAUGGUGUUCUGUUCCUUCUCGAGGGAGGAAAUCAGGUGUAUACUAAAUUUUUAUGUCCUGUAAAUAUUCAGUUUUAUGCGUUGGACUGUAGGCUCUGGAUAACAUGGUUUAUCUUGUAAGUCAGUUACACAAGUUUCUCUCUUUCAAAACGACCUCAGUUCAGUCAUGGUUUCACAAUA